GGGCCUUAGGUUUGGAAAAGAAAGCUGACGUUUAUUUGGGAAUCCCACAAAGUACAGUAUAAUGGGUAAAAUGAGGCCUAAGAAUACUUCUGGCAGCCCUCAGUUACGUGACGACAGGGACACUUCCUCCUGCCAGUACUUGAGAUGGCGCCAAAAAGGUUCCCGCCAGCCCCCAUCUGCGGUAAACAUAAUCCACCACCAUCAUCUUCCGCCCACAAUCAAGGUGGCGCAGAGCAGCAUGGGUAACCGGAAGCUUGUGUGACUUCUGCCGAGUACGGAAACAAAACAGCUUCUUCCGCCCGUAGUUAACAAGCUAGGGAUCCUUUUUACCUCUUGAAGUCAAGGCGCCUUCCGCUGUAACUUGGCAGAUAACGGCGAAUCCUUCCGCCCACCGUGAAUAUGGCGGCAGGCGUGCCUUCUUCCGCCCGUAAUUGGUUGGACCGCAGCAGAGCUGGCAGUGGUGUAAGAGCGGUGAUGGCGGUGCCGCGGCUGGAGCUGAACUUGGUGCGGCUGCUGUGCCGCUGCGAGGCGCUGGCGGCCGAGAAACGAGACCCGAGCGAGUGGCGCCUGGAGAAGUAUGUAGCUGCCUUGGAAGAAAUGCUCCAAGCCUUAAAGGAACAGUCAAGUAAACCUACCCCUGAAAUGCUUAAUGAGUAUUCUAGAAAAGUGGACUUUUUGAAAGGAAUGUUAGAGGCUGAAAAACUGUCAUCUUCCUCGGAGAAAGCCCUCGCCAAUCAGUUCUUGGCCCCAGGACGCACACCCACUACCACCAAAGAGCGGGUGCCAGCCACCAAGACCGUGCACCUGCAGACGAGGGCUCGAUACACUGGAGAGAUGAGGCGUGAGCUUCUGGGCACAGAAUCCUCGUCGGCCAGCGGUUCUGGAGACCUGAGCUUAAGGAAACGAGCGGGCCUGGCGACAGAUGAGAAGCAGUCAGCUGCAGAGCUAGAUGCUGUGUUACAACAUCACCACAGCAUACAGGAGAAGCUGGCCGAGGAAAUGUUGAGUUUGGCCCGGAGUCUGAAGAACAACACUCUGGCGGCACAGAAUGUGAUUAAACAAGAUAAUCAGACACUCUCCCACUCCCUCAAGAUGGCAGACCAGAACUUUGAGAAGCUAAAGACAGAGUCAGAGAGGUUGGAACAGCAUGCCAAGAAGUCUGUCAACUGGCUCCUGUGGAUCGUGCUCAUCCUGGUCUGCUUCAUCUUCAUCAGCAUGAUCCUCUUCAUCAGGAUCUUCCCCAAGUUAAAGUGAAACCAGGGGCUGGCUAACUGGCAUGUGGUGGGAAGAAGGGCACAGAUCUGGACUAAAAGUCAUUCACCUCCCACGGUUUCCUUCCAGAUGUUCAGGAACAUAGGACAGGAGGGUCCUGCUCAAAAGGAGUAGAAUAAAAUGACAUUCCCAUA